AUGAAUUUACAAAAAUGCAAAAAACCAAUUAUAAAGAUGUCCCAAGAUGAAUUAAUUACUUUUUUGCAAGACAAUGAUCUUAUUGUGUUUGGCAUGACGUGUGCAGAAUGCGAGGACACAUGGUUUUGA